AUGAAUGAACGAAUAACUUUUUCAGGCGGAGAUGUGAAAUUUGAUCAGCCAUGGACACUUCCACCGAUAGAAAUUAUUGAUAAAUCGGAACAGUUAGAGGAACAGUCACAUCAACAACAGCGAUAUAUUAUCAGUAAUUUCUCGUACAGUCCAGGACUCGGUAAUCUGAUGUUUCAGUAUGCUUCUUUACGAGCAAUCGCCGCGAAGCACAAUGCUAAACUAAUUGUGCCAAUAGCAAUAAACACCAUUUCCAGGUUUCAGGAAUGUUGCAAAUAUAUUGGUGACACAAUUAUUGAUAAUCUUUUUAUGCAUUCAUCAAAUAACGAACGACAUUCUGAGCAGAAUAACAGCUUUGAGCUUCUCAUUGGUUACUUCCAAGCAUUCCCAUAUUUCCAUCCUCAUCAGGAAUUUUUGAUACGUAAGCAAUUUCAAUUCUUACCAGAUAUAGACAGCCGGGCCAGAAAAUUGCUAGAACGAGCGAAAGAAGAGAAAAUACGAGAUGAACUGACUGAGCAGCGAUCGUCAAAAAUGAUCGAAAACGUGAAAUUAAAUUCACAACAAAUUGACGCAUUAUCCCAUCAAGCGACGGCAGCCGUUACUCAGUCAAUUGACGAUUUAUUCCUAUCGCCAUCCGUAUCGUCGCCUGUAUCACUUUUAUCAGCAUCCUCAUUAUCGAACACACCACCGUUGAUUUUUGUCGGUGUUCAUGUACGUCAUGGAAUGGACGUAACGAUGAAUAAUCGUAACAUCAAACAUGGUCAUACUGUCGCCAACAAGCAGUAUUUCCAGAAUGCCAUGCAAUAUUUUAGGGAAAAAUAUCGGAAUGUUCUAUUUAUUGUGGCUAGCGAUAACUUACCGUGGGCUAAAGCUAACAUUUUCGGCACAAGCAGAGGUGAGGUGUUCUUCCUGGAGACAAACCUACGGGAAGUUGAUUUCGCGACGUUGGUCUACUGUAAUCAUACAAUUAUGAGUACGGGGACAUUUUCGUGGUGGAUUGCGUAUCUGAAUCAAGGAGAAUCAAUUUAUUACGAUGGCUGGCCAAGGCCUGGUUCGGUACUUGAUAAAUCUGUCGAAAAGAACGAUUUCUUUUUGAAAAAUUGGAAGCCCAUGUCAUAA